AUGGCACUACAAGGCCUAACUCGGAAAAUACUGGCAACGUCACUUGUUGCUGUAGUCACUGCUGGCGGUGUCUAUGGCUACUCGAUCCAGAAGAGUGUAUCCAGAGUUGAUCGGAAUCUUAUAACGCGGUUCAAGACCGUGCCAGAGAAAUUCCAGAAAUCGAGAUCUGUUAGCGAGGUUGUCAACGAGAAACAGCACAUGUACGACUCUGAUUCUCGAUACAUCACGCUCGACGUACCACCUGAACAUCGUGAUGUAUCUGAUGAAGUUUUGUUGGCAAAGUUCGUCAAAGGAUAUUUUGGGGGUGCUGUGAUUAGACCGGAACGAGUUGCUCUUUCAACUCUUGGUAUGACACUCGUCAACUUUUCAAGACCGGCUCCCAGAAAGUUGUGGUCAUGCACAGAACUUCCCGACGUUUCACUACCUGCAGUCAACACCAUUCUAUACGGAGUCUUUCAAGUUCUUGAGACUGAGAUCGGUAUCAAAGUUGCGCCAAACCGCACUGAGAGCCACAUCGACUUUGGCUUUGGAAGUGACACUGAUGUGUUUGCUGGAGUCCACAGAUUCGUGGUUGUGAGGACGAAGGAAGAGAAAAGUGAAGAAACCGUGCAAAUUCACUACGAGUCCAUGACUUGCAAUCCUGUGCAAAACAAGCCUCUGAGACCACGAUUCUUGUUCAAAUUUCAUGAGUUCUACGCGGACUUGUUGUUUAGGGAUGCAAUAUCAGAGAUCAAACAGUGGAUGGGCCAGUCUUGA